AUGUCAGAUAUAAAAAAACGAUUAGUAUUUUCUAUUUUACAAUUUUUGCAACAAUGCAUCAAUGACCACACUAUUAAAGAAGAGGAUACAGAAAGCGUCGAAGUUGCAGUUCAAUGCAUUGGAGAGGCUUUCGGAGUUAAGUUAGAUGAUCCGGAAGAUAAAGCAAUUUAUUCAACAAUACCUCCAUUAUUGUCUAUUUUCGAAGUUGCUAACAUCAAACCACCUUCUAAAUCUGAAGUUAAGGUGGAAUUGACCGAGGAACAAAGAAAAAAAGCUGAAGAAUUAAAAGCAGAAGUGGCAGAGAAAGAUUAUGAGGCUGCUGUUAAAUUGUAUCAACAGGCAAUUGAUAUCAAUGGAAACAAUGCAGUAUAUUAUUCUAAUAGAGCUGCUGCUUAUGCUCAAUUGGGGAAACAUAAUAAAGCCAUUGAUGAUGCUUUGAGAUCAACACAAAUAGAUCCUUCUUACAGUAAGGCAUAUAGUAGACUUGGUCAUGCUUAUUUGGCUGUAGGAAAAUUUGAUGAUGCAAUCGAGGCAUAUGAGAAAGGACUUUCUCUUGAUCCCAGAAAUGCUACAAUGAAAUCGGGCCUUGCAACAGCUCAACAAAAAUCGAAUGAGAUUAAUGAUCAAACCGGUUCAAGAGGAACAAAACCAAACAGUAACUCCAGUUUACCCAAUGCAGGUGGUUUGGGAGGUUUGGGAGGUUUGGCCUUUAUGAACGCAGCACAACAAAUGAUGCAAUCAGGAGCAUUGAAUGAUAUUUUAAGUAAUCCUAAUGUUGCUGAAAUAACUUUACAUGUCAAAAAUCCAUCCUCCUCAUUAACAUAUGGUCAUGAAAAACCACCAAUCAUAGUUGGUUUAAUAUUGGCCAGAAAUGAUCGUGAAAUCACAGUAUUUGGACCCGAAGGAGUACCAAUCACAGUUCCCGAGCCUUAUGAAACUUACAAAAGACCAAUCGGAGGACUUUCAUUUAAAGAUGAAAUUCCAGAAUUGGCUCAAGCAGAUACUAGCAUGGAAGGUGACGCUAUUGAACCAAGAUUGAUUGUACCAUCAACUAGUGGAAGAGAUAGAACAGCUGGUGUAGUUUUAGCUUGGUAUGACAACUGGGUCUUGGUAGCACGUUCUGAUGAUAUUGUAGUAAUCAAAAAAAUAUCCGACGGAUUGUAUAAGAAGGUACUUGAAGAAACUAAAUAUUUAAAUCUUGAUGAACUUCCCGAAGCGCAUGAAGUUGCUCCUGAUGAAUAUGAGGUUACUCCUGGUGAAUAUGAAAACUAUAAAAUAGAACUUGCUAAAUACAUAGACUACAUACGAGAGAAGUAUUCUAUAAUUCAUAAUCCAAAAAGAAGUGCCUUUAAAGAACAUGAACCGAUUGGUAGAGCUGUUAACGGACUACAAACAUUUUGGUCUUUAAAAGGAAUAUAUCAAUUGAAUAUGAACUGUGAAAAAAUCAUCAAAAGAUUUAAAAUUGAGUACAAAAAAUAUUUGGAAGCUUCACGUAAAUGGAAAUUAGAAUUGGCGCAUAAAGAAUAUUUUGAAGAAUCUCAAAGAAAUAAACAAAAAUUCAAAGAAAGGAGACACACUCUGGAUGAUUUUAAGACAGCCACAAACAAAUCAAUGGAUAAAUCCAAAUUGGAUAAAAAUAUGCAACUCUUUAGGCAAUUUGAUUGGUCCAAAUGUGAUGUGGAUUUUAAGGCAUUACCAAUAUUACAUUACAAAAAAUACAAAGAAAAAGAAGAUCAAAUCUUUUUUGAUGAUAAUAAAAGGCAAAUCGCUUUAAAUAGGAACAAUUUCAUCUCUGAACGUCUCCAAAAAAAAUUACUAUCACAAAAAAAAAAAACCUAA